AUGGAGGAAAAGAGGAUGUUAGAAUCAAAGAAAAGAAAGCUAAAUGAAAUAACAAAUGCAAGAGAAAUUAUGAAUAAUCCAAGGUAAAAGAUUAAGAGGAUAACUGAGGAGUCAACUGAUAGGAUCACCUCAAACUCUUAGCAGAUGAGACAAAAUGAAUCGCAAAUGAUAAUAGAUAGUCCUAGUAGCACUGCAGAGAUCAAGAAAAAGAUUUCUAUGAAUGAUUUGCCCUGGGAUAUGAUAAAUUUAGUGAUAGCUUUUUCUAUGGAGAUGGAUUUAAAGAAGCUUAAAAGAACAAACAAAGACCUAUAGAAACUAAUUGACAAGAAAAAAUCAUCUUUAAGCUUUAAUAGAAAGGAAAUUACUGAUAAGAUCUUUUUCGGAUUGCUGGAAAAAUCUAGAAUGAUCAAAUUCUUAAAUCUAAAGCAAAAUUUUACGAUGAUUUCUCUUAAGAGUCUUAAUAAUCAUAUGGUUACAUUUCCUAAAUUGAUAGAAUUAAACUUGCUAAAUUUCACAAACUUUCAGGAUCAAAUGCUAUCUAGACUAAUCUUUGCAUGCUAAAAGACUUUAAGGAUUCUUAAAAUAAGCUAUGGAAUGAUAGGAUUCAACGAAAUAAUAAUUUCAUCUUUGGUUGGAUGUAGGAAACUUAAAGAUCUUUAAUUGGGUGAUAUAGAAAAUCCUUACAAUGAAAAAAUACUUGGUAAUGGAAUUUACUAAGCCUAGAAACUGAGUGUUAUAAAGCAGAUAUUGUCAAAAAAGUAAUUCAAUUUGGAAUAAUUGGUGAUUUAUCAAGCAGAUUAACAUGUGAUAGACAUUUUAGUUAGAAAGUCUGAGAAGGAUACCUUAAUUAAACUAGUGAUAUGUCAAUUCUUUUAAAAGAAUUUGGUUAAAUUGGAGGAAUUGGAAAACAUUAAAAAGUUUAAAAAUUUGCAAUUUUUCAGUUUAUGUGGAACUUAUCAUAAUCUUGCUUUUGAAGUAGAACUACCAGAUGAUUCUAACAACCAAUCAAUUUCAGUUGCAGGAAAUAGAGAGCUUGAACUAGUGUUUUUUUCAAUGAAAAAUACUUUAAGGUAUUUAACUUUGGGCUAGUAUGCUUAUAAUGAACUAUUAAAUUACUUAUGCGAGAUGUGUCAGAAAUUAGAAAUGCUCGAAAUUAACUCAGAUUAGAUAAAUGAUUAAGGAAUGCUGCCAGUGUUGAAGAAGCUACCUUUACUCAGGCUUCUCGAUAUUGCUGCUUGUCCUCUGAUAACUGGAAUUUGUUUCUUUGAUUUGUAAGAAGAGGAAUUAAAGAUAUAAAAUCUCAAAAGAUUUGUAACAUGUAUCGCCGGAUAUGAUUAACAAAAGGUGAAAGAAAAGUUAGCCAAAAACGCUAUUAAUAUACUUUACAACCCUUCCAAGGUCAGUCAGGACAUCAAGUAGCAAGCACAGGAGUAUUGUAACGGAUUCAUCAAGCAAUAUGCAGCCAACGUAGUUGAUUUUUUCAAUUUCUUUAUUGAAACUGAAGACUAAGCAAUGAGAUUCUGGCUGCUAUAGGCGAUUGUCGAGAUCAUCAAUAAUUACUACAAUCAAGUGAUAGUGAGUCCAGAACAGAAGUAAAUGCUUCACUAAGUGUACUUCUCUCUGCUGAAAGAUAAACCUUAGAUUGUGUUUUUAUAAAAGCAUUAUAUGACUAAAUAUGCGUUGGUGUUUGUGCUAUUAAUAAGAGAAGACUUCCCUAAUAAUUGGCCAGAAGCUUUUAGUGAACUUCUGUCUCUUAUCAAAAUUACUCAGGAUGUCAACCUUCAAAAAUUAUAUAUGAAAGUAUUUGAAGAAGAGCUAGUUGAGAGGCAGGAUAAUAAGACUACUCAUCUCCUUGAGUAAUAGGCAAGAGUGAAGGAUGGAAUUAGAAAAGGUGCUAUCAACGAUAUCAUUUUCGUUUUAAGUCAAGUCCUUUAGAACUAUUAGUUAUUUGAUGAAGAAAUGGUCAACGACACUCUGGAAGUCAUGGGAUAGUUAAUUGACUGGAACGCACUAGAGUUAUUUGGUGGGUUGAUAGAGCUAUUCAAAAGUUUCUUGAAUAAUCCUAAAUACAGAGCCAACGCUAUAUCUUGUUUUCACUCAAUUGUUUAUAAGGGCAUGGAUUAUCCCUAGAAAGUCGAGUUAAUUGUCAAUCUUCAAUUUCUUGAUAUUUUAGAAUCGUUUGAAAUUAGAUUUAGAGAAAGACCAUCAGAAGACUCUGAUCUAUAAGAAGAAUAAGAAAACGAAGAAGAAUUUUUUGAAGCAGUAUCAGAAAUAGUUGAUAAAUUAGGCUAAUGGUGUCUAGAAAUAUACUAAAAUUAAGAUAAGCUCUUGCCGUCAGUCUAGCAUUAACAACAAUACGAAAUUAUCUUUUCUAGAUGCCUAAAAUUAGCAUUAAAUCUUUUAGACACUGAUAAGCCAAAAAUAGGUAGAAAUUGCCUGACUUUCAUUAAUUUUUGGCUUUAAGCAGUUAAGAAAUAUUAUGAUUAGCCUGCUACACCAAUUCCACAGUUUUAUGAGCAAUUAUUUAUUGAGCUAUUAAGAAUCAUCAUAAAACGAGUAAAGUAUCCAGAGUUUUGUAAUUUCGAAGGCAAUGACUAAUCAGAGUAUGAGGAAGAUUAUCAUCAUUAUAGAGAAGAGAUUUCAACAGUCUUCAUGAAUUUAGCUCAAGUCAAGUAAUUCCAUCAACUAUUCAUCCAGGGAUUAGCUCAAUUAUUUGAGAGUAUUGUCCCAGGAAAAACAGCCUUCAAUCAUGCAGAGGUUCCAUUAUUCCUUGCCUUUCACCUUCAUCAAGCCAUACCAGCAAAUCAAAAAGAAUCAGCUGACAAUGAAUAUUACUAGCUAAUGCAGUACAUCAUUAGAAUUGACUUUUACUCAUACAGCCACAAAAUAGUAUCAUUAAUGUUCCUUGAAAAUUUGGUGAGAUAUUAAGCCUACUUCAUCAAGGAUCCAAACUUCAGAAAUAUGAUAGUCACUAUCUUCUUCUCAAACAAAGCAAUUAUGAGUAAUGAACCAUAAUUAUCAAGCAGAUCUUGCUAUCUUUUACUAAGAUUAGUCGAAAGAGCCUAGAAUGAGAUCAUUACCUAAGCUGCAUAGAUUAUUGAACAAACUGUUUUCGUUAUCAACAAAGUGGAGAGUGGACAGCAUCUUGAUCAUUUGAUAACUUAUGAUGAUCUUCUAUUUCUCUACAACAUUAUUGGAAUAUUUGCUUCAAACAAAAAAAUUGAUUAUGAGUACAGAAGGUAAAUAGAGAAGGAUAAAAUUACUUGGAUUCUUAAAUUCUUAAACGUCUUCACAAAGGGUUUCUAGCAAGAAAUCUCAAGUAUGAUGAAGGAGGUAUUUGGCAAAGUGCUUUAACAGGUUCUCUCUCUGCUCUCAACAAAUUUAAAUAACUAAGUCAUUUGUGAUUAGGUGCUCCAGUACCUUCAGAAAAAUGUCAAUCUUCUAGGCGUUGAAGUUAAACCUAUGUUCACUUUUAUGGCUAGUUCCUUCAUCCAAAGAAUUGAAUUUGAAAGAUUAGAAAUGUUCUUAACUAUUUUGAACUAUUCUCUAACUAUUUUAAAAGAUUAAGGAAUCGACCUAAUUGACUAACUUUUAUUCGACCUAAUGCAGAAAAUGGGCAUUGCUAAGAUUCCUCAAUCAGAUACAUCUGAUAUAGAGAAAAAUGUGAUUAGAAUAUUUGCAGGCUUCUUCAAGCUACUCUAAACCUCUGUAGAAAUCAACCCUUAAUUUAUUUACUCUGGUACUAAUUAAAGUUUCUUCGAGGGAUUAAUCAGCUACAUGGUAACUCACUACGAAAACAACAUAGAUAGAAACACUAAAAAGACUAUUCUUUCGAUAUUUAAAGAACUAAUAAUAGAAUUAUCAGGCUUACAAAAGAAUACCCUAACUAUUCUUGGCAAGGUAAAUGCCUAAUCAUCCUAGGAAAUGGCGAAAUAAGGCUGCAUAGAUCCAAAUAAAGUUUAGAUCUGUUUGAAAAAUAUCAAUCCAAUUCACUAUCAAUCAUUCUUGGAAAAGGUUAUACUGCUCUCAGUUAAAUAUAUAUUCGUUUUAAACCCUAAACUCCUCGAAGAUGUCAAUCAAAUCAAAAUCUUUUCAGAUUUACAUGGAUUAAUUGUUGUUGCUGGAUAUGGAGAACUACUUCUAAAAGGUUUGAAGUAAUAUGCAAGCGAAGAAAUUUGCAUGAUGAUAAUCCAGCAAUGUGAAUAUUUCGCUUAAAAUAAUCAAACUAGUAAAUAGCUUUAGGACAAUUAUCUAAUUCAAUGA